AUGGGUCCCAGCAAGUUCCGGAAAGCCAUAGGGGCAGUGAAGGACCAAACGAGCAUUGGGCUGGCCAAGGUCGGGAGCAGCAACUCCCUUGCCGACCUCGAGGUCGCCAUCGUCAAAGCUACCCGCCACGAGGAGUACCCUCCCGACGAGCGCUACGUGCGUGAGAUCCUCAACCUCACCACCUACUCCCGAGCCUUCGUCUCCACUUGUGUCUCCACUGUCGCCCGGCGCCUCAGCAAGACCCGCAACUGGGUCGUCGCCCUCAAGGCCCUCAUGCUCGUCCACCGUCUCCUCUCCGAGGGUGACCCAGCCUACGAGCAGGAGAUCUUCUUUGCAACUCGCCGUGGGACCCGCCUUCUCAACAUGUCUGACUUCCGAGACACUUCCGGAAAGUCCAAUGCUUGGGACUUCUCGGCCUUCGUGAGAACCUAUGCCCUCUACCUGGAUGAGCAGCUCGAGUUCAAGGUACAAGGGCGCAGGGCAAAACCCGGGGCUGCCUACGCCCAAUCUCCAUCUCCUGCCGAGGAGGAUGCCGCCGCAGCCAAGGCAUUGGUCGUGAGGGGGACUCCUUUGCGCGAGAUGAAGAUCGACAAGAUUUUCUCAAGGGUCCAUCACCUCAUGCAGCUUCUCGAGAGGUUCUUGGCCUGCCGCCCGACAGGCGCCGCAAAGGAGAAUAGAGUCGUGUGUGUGGCCCUGUACCCGAUCGUGAAGGAGAGCUUCCAGCUGUGCUACGACAUAACCGAGAUACUAGGCAUCCUCAUCGACCGCUUCAUGCAGCUCGAGAUUCCAGAGAUGGUCAAAGUCCACCACAUAUUCUCCCGAGUCUCCAAGCAGUACGACGAGCUCGACUCCUUCUACGCAUGGGGUAAAACAGUCGGCGUGGCCCGCUCCUCUGAGUACCCGGAUGUCGAGAAGAUCUCCCAGAAGAAGCUUGACAUGAUGGAUGACUUCAUCCACGAAAAGUCCGCCCUAGAGCAGAAUCGCCGGUCAGGAUCCGUCGAUCCGGAGCCCGAUCCAGAGCCGGAGGGCAUGCAAGCCGAGGCAGAACCAGACAUGAACUCAAUCAAGGCGCUACCGCCACCAGAAGGGUUUCCAGACGAAGAAGCCAAGGAGGAGGAAGAAAAGGAAAUCAAGAAGCCGAAGGAGGAGGACAAGGAGAAGAAGAUGGUGCAGGAGGUCGGAGAUCUGUUGAAUCUCGGAGCGGAUGCACCCACCACGGAAGAGCACAUUGAUAAAUUGGCGCUGGCUUUGUUCGACGGCGGUGGGCAGACAAUGGUGGCAGGAUCUGGAAAGGCACCGUGGGAGGCGUUCAAAGACUCGGGUGACUGGGAGACUGCGCUAGUCCAGUCGGCUAGCCACCUGUCCAAUCAGGCGAUGCACCUGCCAGGCGGCAUGGACUCGAUGGUGCUGGAUGGCAUGUACCAACAGGGAAGGAUGACGCAGGCGGCGGCGAGCUCAGGGCUCGUUGCAACAGGGAGCGCGAGCAGCGUUGCGUUUGGGUCGGCUGGGAGGCCGGCGAUGCUGGCGCUGCCGGCGCCGCCGGGAGGAGAGGCGAGCUCGUCAGAUCCGUUUGCGGCGUCGUUGGGGAUAGCGCCGCCGGCGUACGUGCAGAUGUCUGAGCUAGAGAAGAAACAGAGGUUGCUGGUGGAAGAGCAGGUGAUGUGGCAACAGUACGCGAGGGACGGGAUGCAGGGGCAGGUAGGGGGACUACGACAACAGCACAACGUGUACCCCUACAACACGAGAACAUUUUGA